AUGGCCACUAACAUCGUCCCCCACGAGAUUGCCGAGCUUAUUCGUCGUAAAAAGGCUCUCUACUGUCGAUCCGCAGAUACCAAACAAUGGCGUCGAUUCUCCGAGUUUGCUCUCCCUGAAGCCACAUUCACAUUUGUUGAUGCCCUCACCCCCGAUAUUCCAAUGACCGAGGGGGGCCAGUGCAUGUCAUUUUCCCAUCGCGACGCGUUUCUUGAUUACUUUGAGGAACGAAACAAGGACUUGCAGUACAUUCACUCUGUGGGACCGGGGGAGCUCUACUUUGUGGACGGGAAAGAUGGGAAGGAGGUGAAGGCAAUCUGGAGCGUUAUCUUUCAUGUUGGCGAUGGUGAGGAAACGAGGGGGUUUCAUGGGACUGGCGCAGGAUACUAUCACGAAGUCUGGGUCAAGGUCGGUGAUGACUGGUUUAUAAGGAGCUUGAGGUUUGAGAGAGUUUACUGGAAGAUUGUGAGUCUCGGUACAGGUGUGCAGUAG